AUGUCGGCGUGCUGCUCUUCAGUCGGAACAUACUCUGCAGUGAUCUUGCCCGACUUGAAUAGCUCGCGAAUGAAAUGGAACCGCACGUCGAUGUGCUUGCUCCUCGCUGAGCUGAACGGGUUCUCGAUUAAGGCGAGAGCCCCCUUGUUGUCCUCAAGGACCUUGAUCUUCGCCCCACUUGUCUCGGGCGCUAUGAACGACAGAACGCCACGCACAAACAACGCCUCCUUCACGCUCUCCCCGGCUGCCAUAUACUCUGCUUCCGAGGUCGACUGAGCCGUCACUGGCUGCGUCUUGGUGGAUGCACACACUACGGUACCACCUACGGUCACAGCUAGCCCGGUCGUAGAACGCCUGUCUACUUCGUUGUCAGCGUAGCUGGCAUCGACAAACACGCUUAGGUCUAGUCCUGACCCCCGUACGUAGGUGAUGCCGAAGUCCUUCGUGAAGUUCAGAUAGGACAUGAUCCGCACAAGCGCGUUCCAUAUCCUCCCGGUGGGUGAGCGGGCGAUCUUCUGGAGCUUGUUCAGAGGCAGGGCGAUGUCUGGCCUCGUCAGCUUCGUCCACAUCAGGCAUCCGAUCGCCUCCCUCACAGGCUUAUCCACCGCGGGCUCGUCAUCUCUCUUCGGCCCUAGGUCGGCAUCGGUGGCAGCAGGGGUGAAAGCGGUCGUGGUCACAUCAAACCGCUUCAGCAUACUCUCAAUGUAUGCUGUCUGGGACAGCUUGGUGAUGCCAUU